CUUUCUCUUUCACCUUCACUUCCAGCAUCGUCUUCGCGGCAGAGAGAGAGAGAGAGAAUGGGGAGUGACAGCGAAGCAGAGAAGUCAGCGCAUAAGGAGAAGGAGAGGAAGAAGAUGCUUGCGCUUGCUCCUAUUGCGAAGCCCCUUGCUGGCAAGAAGCUCUGCAAGCGAACCUUGAAGCUUGUUCGUAAGGCUGCUGAACAUAAGUGCUUGAAGAGAGGAGUAAAGGAAGUUGUCAAAAGCAUAAGGCGUGGUCAUAAAGGAGUGUGUGUUAUAGCUGGGAACAUAUCACCCAUUGAUGUGAUCACUCACGUUCCUAUCUUGUGUGAAGAGGCUGACAUUCCCUAUGUUUAUGUGCCCUCCAAAGAAGAUCUUGCAAGUGCUGGAGCAACAAAGAGGCCUACUUGCUGUGUGUUGGUGAUGACCAAGCCUGCAAAGGGAGAACUGGAGAAAGGGGAGCAAGAGAAACUGAAGUCAGAUUAUGAUCAAGUUGUAACUGAAAUUAAUGAGAUUGCAGCUACACUUUUUUGAAACCAGUAAUACAUGUAUUUAUGCCCGCUGUACCAGUUGGCAGUUGGGUUAACGUUAUCAGUAGAGUACCUUUUGCAAUCAAUUUAUUUGGCGUCGUUUUUCUAGAUGGGUUAA